AGCUCAUGAAUAUGGGUAGCACUGUUGUCAGGUUUCUAAGCAUUGCAACCUUAUUUACCAUUUGCUUAUUAUUAUGCAAUGCAAAUCUGAGUGCGCCUUGCAAACAAAAUGAGAGACAAGCACUUUUGAAGUUUAAGCACGAUGUUGAAGGUCCUUUAAAUCAGCUUCCAUCUUGGGCUGGUGAAGGAGAUUGUUGCAAUUGGACGGGAGUUGUCUGCGACAAUUUAACCGGUCAUAUCCGCGAGCUCCACCUUGCCGAUACUUACAGUGGUAAGAUAAGUCCAUCUCUCCUCAAUUUAAAGCAUCUGAGCUACUUGGAUCUAAGCAACAAUGAUUUUCAAGGAAUGCAGAUUCCUAGCUUCUUAGGUUCUCUCAAAAGUUUAAGAUAUCUUAACCUCUCAAACUCAAUGUUCGUCGGAUUAAUUCCUCAUCAAUUGGGAAAUCUAACGAGUCUACAGGUUCUUGAUCUGCACGGUUGCCAACAAGUACAAGAUUCUUAUGAUUACGAUGACCAUUUGGAAGGUACGACUGACUCCCUUUCGGUUGAGAGCCUUCAAUGGAUUUCUGGUCUUUCUAAAUUGCAACACUUGGACAUGAGUUGUGCAAAUCUUAGCAAAGCAUCUGAUUGGUUGCGGGUGACAAACACACUCCCGUCUUUGGUAGAGAGCUUCCAUAUGUCUGCUUGUGGACUUUAUCACAUACCUGGUGGUAUUGCCAACAUGACUAAUCUUAAAUUCCUUGAUCUCCAGGGCAACUAUAUCAGUUCUACCAUACCUAAAUGGUUGUACAGGCUUAGCCAUCUUCAGUCCCUAAUUCUUUCCUACAAUUUAUUUCAUGGUGAGAUCUCGUCUUCCCUUGGAAACCUCACAUCCAUUGUCAAUCUUGACUUCGAUUCUAAUCAACUUGCAGGGAAUAUCCCAAACUCUUUGGGAAAUCUUAGUAAGUUGACUACUCUUGCUAUGUCGGAGAACAAUCUCAAUGGAAGCGUGUCAGAAAUUUUUGAAAGUUUUUCUAGGUGUAGUUCAGGUCAAAUAGAGUCAUUGAGUCUAUCAUCGAACAAUCUUUCUGGCCAUUUAACAGAUAAGCUUGAUCAUUUUGAAAAGUUGCGCCUCCUUUUUCUUGAUAAUAACUCAAUAUCAGGUCCCCUUCCACCGUCCUUUGGCAAUCUGUCAUGCCUAGAAGCUGUGGCAAUUGGUGAUAAUAAUUUAACAGGUGUUGUCUCUCAACAACAUUUCACUAAUCUUACAAGAUUGGUGGAAUUUGACGCACCUGGAAACUCAUUGACUCUUGAAACUACUCCACACUGGCUUCCUCCAUUUCAACUUGAAAUGUUGAUUUUAGAUUCUUGGCAUCUGGAGCCAUCGGAAUUGCCCAUGUGGCUUCAGAGUCAAACGCAGUUGGUUGCUCUUAGCAUGCUCAACACAAGAAUUUCAGGUACCAUUCCGACUUGGUUUUGUAACUUUUCUUCCCAAUUACAGCAUAUUGAUCUCUCUGAAAAUAAAUUGUAUGGUGAGGUUCCACAUAUAUUUCCCAGUUCGCGUUGUUUCGAUAUUUUCUUAGGUUCUAACCAGUUCAAUGGUUCAUUACCUCUUGUUUCAUCAAAAGUAGGUAUACUAGAUCUUUCCAGCUCAUCGUUUUCUGGAACGCUCUUUCACUUCUUCUGUAAUAAUAGUAGUAAACCAAAGACACUUAGAAUUCUUCGUCUGGACAACAAUCUUCUAUCUGGAAAAAUUCCUGACUGUUUCAGAAACUGGGAACGAUUGGAAGUUGUAAAUUUAGAAAGCAACCAUUUAAUUGGGAAUAUUCCAAGGUCUUUGGGCUACUUACUCUCCCUCACAUACUUGCACUUGCGCAAUAAUCACUUGCAUGGGGAGUUGCCUCCAUAUCUAAAGAAAUGUACAGCAUUUAUUAUUCUUGACCUUAGUUACAAUAAGUUUCUAGGAAAGAUACCAAUGUGGAUUGGAACAAACCUUUCAAGUUUGGCGGUUCUUAGCCUUCGUUCAAAUCAGUUUCAUGGCCACAUUACGUACAAACUUUGCGAUCUCACAUCUCUCCAAAUAUUGGACCUCGCACAUAACAAUCUCUCAGGAAGAAUGCCAAUAUGUUUGUACAAAUUUCAGGCGAUGGCUUCAAACUCUGAAAUCUCUCGUUUUUCCUUUGAAGAUGGAAAUUAUAAUCAUUAUGAUGAUACAUUUGAAGAUAACGAAAUAGAGACUGCAAUAUUGGUGUCGAAAGGUAGAGAAGUGAAAUAUGGAAACAGCCUUCUUAGAUUGGCAACUAGUUUGGACCUUUCAGACAACAAUAUCUCUGGAGAAAUCCCUGAACAACUUACCAGCCUCAUCUACUUGCAGUCAGUGAAUUUGUCAAACAAUCUUUUGAGUGGAAGAAUCCCUCCCAAGAUGGGUGAUAUGAGAUGGUUAGAAUCUCUUGAUUUGUCCAUGAAUCAACUUUGUGGUCAAAUUGCUCCAAGUAUGUCAAGUUUGACAUUUCUCAGUGUCUUGAACUUGUCCUACAACAAUUUGAUAGGCGAGAUUCCGAAAAGCACUCAACUUCAGAGUUUUGAUCAAUCCAGUUUUAUUGGUAAUAAACUUUGUGGCCCUCCACUUGAAGUGAACUGCAGUAAUACCAACGGGACAGUACCACCAGUAGCAGAUCAGAAACACGGAGGAAGUUAUUUGCUUGAAGACGGUUGGUUCUAUCUGAGCUUGGGACUAGGAUUUCUGUUCGGUUUUUGGAGUGUUCUUGGCUCGUUGUUGUUGAACUUGCCAUGGAGCAUUGGUUUUAAUCGGUUCCUAAAUAGCAUUGUGAAGAAGCUUUAUGGGGUCAUUGUUGAACAUUUUUAA